AUGAGCAUCUUGGAAUCUUUGUUUUCAUUGAAGGGCUGUGAGGCUGUUGUUACUGGCGGGACGAGAGGCAUCGGCCAGGCUAUGGCCCUAUCACUUGCAGAAGCAGGCGCAGAUAUCAUCUUGGUUCAGAGAGACGAAAGAAACACCGAGACAAAAGCCUUAAUCGAGAAACUUGGCCGACAAGCUUUCGUAUACACCGCAGACCUCAGCAAUCAAGAACAAGUCGAGAAUCUCAGCAAACGCAUCCUCGCCGAUGGCCACGACGUCAGCAUCUUAAUUACCUGCGCCGGCAUCCAACGACGACACCCAGCACAUCAAUUCCCCAUGAGUGACUGGGACGAAGUCCUCCAAGUCAACCUCCGCACAGUCUGGACCUUAUGCCGCGACCUAGGCUCAUACAUGCUAACCCGCAAACCCGACGCAAGCGGCCAUCGCGGAAGCAUCAUCAACGUCGCGUCACUCGUCAGCUUCCAAGGCGGCCUUACAGUGCCCGCGUAUGCAGCAGCAAAGGGCGGGAUCGCACAGCUUACGAAGGCGUUGAGUAACGAAUGGGCGAGUCAGGGUGUUAAUGUGAAUGCUGUUGCGCCGGGGUAUGUUGCUACGGAUAUGAAUGAGGCGCUGAUUAAUGAUGAGAAGAGGGCUGAGAGUAUUUUGUCGAGGAUUCCAGCGGGGAGAUGGGGAUGUCCUGAGGACUUCAAGGGAGUUACGGUGUUUUUGGCGGGGAGGGGAAGUUUGUAUGUUUCUGGGGAGUUGGUUACUGUUGAUGGUGGAUGGAUGGGACGAUAG